GGGGCGGGGCCUCACCUGCGGCGGGCAGGUAGGCGGCUACCUGGAAACCUGGGCCUGGCCCGGGAGGCUUGGGCGCGCGCAGCCAGCCUCGGCCACGCCAGGGACCGAGGGACGCAGGGAGGCGCGGCCACCGGCGGGACGGGAGCCUGGGCAAGAGGCCUCCGGCCGCUCACCAUGGUCAAAGGACGCUUUUCCAAGUUCCUGCAGAAAUUCGCCUUCUCGCGUGCGAGUCACCAGUACGAGCCGCUGGAGGGGGCCGAGUUGGACACCUUGAUUGAUGAACAAUAUGAGCUGAAAGCCAUCGAGAAAGAGAAGGCGGUCGUCGCCCUGCCCCCCAAGGAAGCGAGCAAAUGCCACAGAGAGGAUCUGGCCAAAGCAUUUUACGUGGAUCUACAGACCGGCCUGUCGGAGUUCGCGGUCACGCAGCGCAGGCUGGUCCACGGCUGGAACGAGUUUGUCGCUGACAACACGGAACCCGUGUGGAAGAAAUACCUGGGUCAGUUUAAGAACCCCCUGAUCCUGCUGCUUCUGGCCUCUGCCCUGGUGAGCGUCCUUACGAGGGAGUAUGAGGAUGCCGUCAGCAUCGCCGUGGCCGUGCUGAUUGUGGUCACCGUCGCCUUUAUCCAGGAGUACAGGUCAGAGAAAUCUCUGGAAGAGCUGACCAAGCUGGUGCCUCCUGAAUGUAACUGCAUCAGGGAAGGGAAACUCCAGCAUCUGCUUGCACGUGACCUGGUGCCCGGAGACAUCGUGUCGCUCUCCAUCGGCGACCGGAUCCCUGCGGACAUCCGUCUCACGGAGGUCACAGACCUCCUGGUGGAUGAGUCCAGUUUCACGGGGGAAGCCGAGCCGAGCAGUAAGACAGACACCCCGCUGACGGGCGGGGGCGACCUCACGACCCUCAGCAACAUCGUCUUCAUGGGGACCCUGGUGCAGUGCGGGAAGGCACAGGGUGUCGUGAUCGGAACAGGAGAAAGGUCCCAGUUCGGAGAAGUGUUUAAGAUGAUGCAGGCCGAGGAGACGCCUAAAACUCCUCUGCAAAAAAGCAUGGACAAGCUGGGGAAACAGCUGACACUCUUCUCAUUUGGCAUAAUUGGCCUGAUCAUGUUCACGGGCUGGUUGCAGGGGAAGCAGCUCCUCAGCAUGUUCACCAUCGGGGUCAGCCUGGCUGUGGCUGCCAUCCCCGAGGGUCUGCCCAUCGUUGUCACCGUCACGCUGGUCCUGGGCGUGCUGCGGAUGGCCAGGAAGCGGGUCAUUGUGAAGAAGCUGCCGAUCGUGGAGACUUUAGGUUGCUGCAAUGUCAUCUGUUCUGAUAAGACGGGGACUCUGACAGCCAAUGAAAUGACUGUCACCCAACUUGUCACGUCUGAUGGGCUCCAUGCCGAGGUCAGCGGUGUUGGCUACAACGGCAAAGGGACCGUCUGUCUUUUACCCUCAAAGGAAGUCAUUAAGGAGUUUUCCAACGUCUCAGUGGGGAAGUUAGUGGAGGCAGGCUGUGUCGCCAACAAUGCCAUCAUCAGGAGGAACACCGUGAUGGGGCAGCCCACCGAGGGCGCCUUGAUCGCCUUGGCAAUGAAGAUGGACUUAAGUGAAAUUAAAGAUUCAUACGUGAGGAAAAAAGAGAUUCCAUUCAGCUCGGAGCAGAAGUGGAUGGCGGUUCAGUGCAGCCCCAGAAAUGAGGAGCAGCCGGAAGACGUGCACUUCAUGAAGGGGGCCUUCGAGGAGGUCAUCCGCUACUGCACCACGUAUAACACGGGCGGCAUCCCUCUGCCGCUGACGCCCCAGCAGAGAGCCUUGUGGCAGCAGGAGGAGAAGAGGAUGGGGUCGCUUGGCCUGCGGGUGCUGGCCCUGGCUUCCGGGCCCGAGCUGGGGAGGCUGACCUUCCUGGGUCUCGUGGGAAUCAUCGACCCCCCGAGGGCUGGUGUGAAAGAGGCGGUCCACGUGCUCUCCAAGUCGGGCAUGUCCGUGAAAAUGAUAACGGGAGACGCUCUGGAGACGGCCUUGGCCAUAGGACGGACCAUCGGCCUGUGCAGCGAGACGCCGAGUGCCAUGUCUGGGGAGGAGGUGGAGAGCAUGGAGCAGGGCAAGCUGGCUGAGCGCGUUGGGCAGGUAUCGGUCUUCUUCAGAACCAGCCCCAAGCACAAACUCAAAAUCAUCAAGGCUUUGCAGGAGUCAGGCGCGAUCGUGGCCAUGACAGGGGACGGGGUGAACGACGCGGUGGCCCUGAAGUCAGCGGACAUCGGGAUCGCCAUGGGGCAGAUGGGCACCGACGUGAGCAAGGAAGCCGCCAACAUGAUCCUGGUGGACGACGACUUCUCAGCCAUCAUGAACGCGGUGGAGGAAGGCAAGGGGAUUUUUCACAACAUCAAGAACUUUGUCCGAUUUCAGCUGAGCACGAGCAUCUCCGCCUUGAGCCUCAUCGCGCUGUCCACCGUGUGCGACCUGCCCAGCCCCCUCAACGCCAUGCAGAUCCUGUGGAUCAACAUCAUCAUGGACGGGCCGCCCGCGCAGAGCUUGGGGGUGGAGCCGGUGGAUGGGGACGCCCUGCGGCAGCCGCCGCGCAACCUCAAGGACACCAUCCUCAGCAGAGCCCUCACCCUGAAAAUCCUCCUGUCGGCCGCCGCCAUCAUCAGCGGCACCCUCUUCAUCUUCUGGAAAGAGAUGCCCGCAGACAAAGCCAGCACCCCGCGCACCACGACCAUGACCUUCACCUGUUUCGUGCUCUUCGACCUGUUCAACGCCUUGACCUGCCGCUCCCAGACCAAGCUGAUCUGCGAGAUCGGCUUCCUCCGGAACCGCACGUUCCUCUACUCCGUGCUCGGCUCCAUCCUGGGGCAGCUGGCGGUGAUUUACGUGCCGCCCCUGCAGAAGGUCUUCCAGACGGAGAACCUGGGGGCGCUCGAUCUGCUGCUUUUAACCGGCUUGGCCUCAUCCGUGUUCGCCGUGUCCGAGCUCCUCAAACUAUGCGAAAGGCUCUGCUCCAGGGCCAAGAACGCACAGGCGCACCAGGAAGACGUAUGAUGGACUCCGACCAUGUAAAAACCCUAAAUCUCUAUUUUUAUGUACCGGAGGCCCUCUUCCGCCCUCCCUCUUCCGAGGGGUGUUUCCCGUGUCAGGUCCCACACGGGCUCUUCCGGGGACACCAGCGGGAAGUGGCGGCCCAGCCCCCCGUCUGUCCACCGUGCUCCCCGAGGGGCCCUGGGACAGCGAGGAGCCGGCUCAGAACGCCUUGCUAUUUAUUAAAUCCCGGUGAUUUUUAUUAACCACGUCUCUGUGCUGUAGCUCCGUGCCAUGCUGCCCAGACAGGGUGGGAAGCCCGAGGGACCAAGGACGGGACCUGGGCUUCUGGUUGCUGUGCCUGAUUGAGGCCCCAUCUCCUCAUCCAUAAAAGGGGGGUUUUGGGUAUUUUUGUGAAGUGCGGUGUCAGGGGCCUGAUGAUAAUUUAAUCAGCGCUUUCCUCCAAGUGGCCAGGUUGGAAACUCAGCCUCGGGGUCAUGGCCCCAUUCAUGGGGAAAAGUCGCAUUCCGAGCAGGCCGAACCGAGGUCCCUGGCCUCUCCCCCCAGCACGGGGACUAUUCCCCGCCUGUCUGAGAAGCCCGUAUCUGCCCGGCUCCAAGGCUGUUCUUCACACGCGACUGCCCUUCCAGACGAAAGACGGCGCAGCAGCCAGGGCUGCGGCCUCGGAAAAUGACCACAGAGAACCGGGAGCUGAACCUCGUCGUCCGUGAAACGAAGCCACUGGGACACCCCCGCCCCCAAGUUAUUAGCCAGGGUUUUCGGGAAAAGUCGAACCAACAAGACAGAGUUCCCAUCACUGCUCAGCGGAAAUGAAUCUGACUGGCAUCCAUGAGGACACAGGUUCAAUCCCUGGCCUCGCUUAGUGGGUUAAAGAUCUGGCGUGGCUGUGGCUGUGGUGUGAGCCAGCGGCUAUAGCUCCAAUUUGACCCCUAGCCUGGGAACCUCCAUAGGCUGCGGGUUCGGUCCUAAAAAGACACAAAAAGACAGGAGGGAAAGACAGGUAAGGAAUCAGCUUACGCGAUUGCUGGCACUGGCGAGUCCAGCCUGUUUAGGGCAGGCCAGCAGGCUGGAGACUCCAGAAGGGGUUGGUACUGCAGCCUUCGUCCGAGGCAGCCCUCAGGUCCGAGGCAGAAUUCCCUCCUUCACAGAGGGUCUCAGUCCUUCAACUGACUGGGUGAGGCCCAGCCACCUUUGGAAGGUUACCUGCUGUAUUCAGAGUCUACUGGCUUAAAUGUUAACAUCUAAAAAAUCCCAGCAACGUCUAGGCCCCACGGCCUGGCUAACCUGACACACAAAAGUAAUCACUUGCAGCCAAAGGAGCUGUGAGACAGGCUGCCCGGGGUGGUGACACCCGGGCCAGACCGGCGGAGGAGGGUCACAGGUGGACCCCUGCAGCUCCCGGGCAAAGUCCGCAUUCCUCCCUGGUAGGGUUCACAGCCGCGGAGGAGGUCGCUGUGCUUCUCCCCAAGGGACAGCAGAGCUGAGCGAAGAGACACACAUGCCCACAAGAAGGGAGGGGCCCGGCUGGAGGGACACUUUGGAGGCAGGGGUGCUACCUGCCCACAGCUGCCAACCUUUAGCAGCUGCCUAGACGCAAAGGCCAAAUCACGUCCCAGAGCCUGCGAUGGGGCUUCCCUCCCCGCCCUCUUGAGCAUGUCAGCCAGCUGCUGGCCCAAGAAAUAGCCUUCUUAUUUUAAAAAUAAUAACUAAGGUCGACUGAUACAGGCAAUAACAACAACAAAGUAUUCUUACGCCUUAUUUAUACAAGCGAAGCUAGACUACAAAUGUAAAGGUAAAACAGUAAAGCUUUUGGAAGAAAAAUAGCGAUAAGUAAAAUUUUCCUAAGGAAGACGCAAGCGCCAGCCACAAAGUUGACAAUGAAUCGACUAGACUACGUGCAAGUGAAGACGCUCUUGGAGCUCCCGACGUGGCUCAGCAGUUAAUGAACCCAACUAGCAUCCAUGAGGACACCGAUUCGAUCCCUGGCCUUGCUCAGUGGGUUAGGGAUCCGGCGUUGCCGUGAGCUAGGGUGUAGGUCGCAGACGUGGCUCGGAUCCUGUGUUGCUGUGACUGUGGUGUGGGCCGGCGGCUGCAGCUCCAAUUCAACCCCGAGCCUGGGAACCUCAUACACCACAGGAGCGGCCCAAGAAAAAGACCAAAAAAAAAAAGUGAAGACGCUCUUCUCAUCAAGGAUGGAGUCAACAGGACCCCUAAGCAGCCAGCUUGAUGCCCGAACUAGCUAGAACGCCACCCAUCAACAGCUGAGGACUGUGUGCCAAAAUAAAAACAGCAGAAAACAAUGAAGUCAAAGAUAAAAAUAGAAUAAUCCAAUCAAAAGCUAGUUCUUGGAAAAGACCAAUGAAAGAGUCCGUCUGACCAGAUGUUCAUCAAAGGAGAAAACGAGAUACAAAUUACCAGAGGGGGGAGUGAUGGGUGGUAGGUCACCUCGACCCCUCGAGACAUCCCAAAAAUCAGGCGGCACAAAGAACAAUGUAUUCACAUAAACUCAACAGGUGAGAGCAACUACACCAGUUCCUUGGAAACCAUAAAAAUGCACGAAGAUGAAACAGAUAAUCUGAGUAGUCCUGUAACUAGCAAAGACACUGAGUUGAAAUAGAAAACAGAAUAUACUGCACAUUCGGUCACACAUUUAUAAGCAUUAACUAUGUCAGUAAAACUUUUUUUUUUUUUUUGUCUUUUUUAGGGCUGCACCCGCAGCACAUGGAGGUUCCAAGGCUAGGGGUCCACUUGGAGCUGUAGCACCCAGCCUACACCACAGCCACAGCAACACCAGAUCCAAGCUGCCUGUGAGACCUACACCAUGGCUCCUGGCAACUCCAGAUCCUUAACCCAAUGAGCGAGGCCAGGGAUUGAACCUGCAUCCUCAUGGAUGUUAGAUUCAUUUCCACUGAGCCACAAUGGGAACUCCUAUGUUAGUAAAACUAUGUGAGACUAUUAUAAAGAAACUUUUAAAAUUCAAUAGCAAGAAUAAAUGAAAACUCUUUGAAAAAAAAAAAAAAAAGACACUGAGUUGUCAUUAAAACCCCUAAAAAAAGAAUACCUUGAAAGCAGGAUGGUUUCACUAGUAAAUUUUACUAAACGCUGAAAGAGUUAAGAAUCCUACAUAAUCUCUUCCAGGAAAUAAAAGAGGAGAGAAUACUUUUCAGCCCCUUUUAUGAAGCCAACACUAGCCUGAUACCAAAACCAGACAAACACAGCACUCCAGACCCAACUUCCCUCAGGGACACAGACACAAGAAUCCUCAACAAGGUGUUAGCAAACCUGAUCCAGCCAUCUGUAACAAGUACAAGACACCAGGACUAAGUGGGUUAAUCCAAGAGUGGAAAGCUGGUGCAAUAUCCAAAAAUCACUGUAAUCCGCCAUAUGAACAGCCUAGAGAGAAAAAUAAAAAGACCACAUGAUCAUAACACUUGAAGCAGAAAAAGCAUGAAUAAAAUUCAAGCCCCGUUCAUAAUAAAAAAAAAAAAAUGCAGCAAACUAGGAAAAGAAGGAAACUCCCUGAACCUAAUAACGAGUAUCUACCAAAAAAAACUCUACAGCCAGCAUCAUACUUCAUGAU